AUGGAGCUAGCAGGACCGAUAGUUCUCACAGGAGGCAACGUUCUCCUUGCAGCUGCUGCGCUACACGGCGCCUCGGAGCGACCACAGCGGCGCAAAGCGCUGCCUUCCCAGCGUCACCCUCAACCACGGCUCCCCGUUAGCUACCCCCGGGGGGAGCUGCGCCCACGCUCGGGCACUGCCGUGAGCGAGGCGCCCGUCGCCCUCCUCGGGGGCAGCCUCACGCGGAAGGAGCGAAGGAAACUUUUACUCGAGGGCCUGAGACGGGGAAGGGGAGCCCGGCCCGCCCGAGGCCAUCGCGAGCCCCGAGAGAAGAGCCCUUCCCUGCCCCUCGGAGGGCCGCCGAGCGGGGCGCAGCGGGGCGCGGCGCGGCCCCUCCCAGCCCGCGCCUUGGGCCGCCCCCGCCACCCGCCGCUCCCGCACUCACCUGCCCGCCCGCUACCGACCGGCCCAACGUUAACCCCCAACCGUCAGAAGGGCCGCGGCGGCGCCCCCAGUUUCCAGCGCAAGGGCCCUCCCGGUGGCAGCCGUUUGGCUGCUAUCGCCGGUACGCGGCCCGCCGUGCGCCAUGGGCAGCUGCUGCUCUCCACUGGGCUCCCCUCCCUGGACUCCGUGCUAGGUGGAGGUUUAGCUGUUGGAACUCUUCUCCUUAUUGAGGAAGAUAAAUAUGGUGUUUACUCCCAUUUGUUGUUCAAGUAUUUUCUUGCAGAGGGGGUUGUUUGUGGACAUGACUUGUUUGUUGCUUCUGCAAAAGAGCUUCCUACCAGCAUCUUGAAGGAGCUUCCAGCCCCCUUGCUUGAUAACUGUAGAAAUGAAGUGGGAGAAGAAGCAGCAGCUGUUAAGUCUGAAGAUGAUUCUAUGCAAAUAGCCUGGCGCUACCAAAAUUUACCAAAAAUGGAGGCCAGCCCAAGUACAUCUUCAAGAUUUGGCCAUUAUUAUGAUGUUUCUAAAAAGAUGUCUUCAGAACUGUUACAAUCCGUAAAAUGCCACAGUUUUUUCCUGCCUGAAGAACCAUCUUUGCAGCCUACAAUAAAAAUGCAUAAUAUGAACUGUGGUUAUGCAAGGCUGCUUCAGUCCAUUCAGAAGAUCAUUUAUCAGGAAGGAUUUGAUGGCUCUCAUCCCCAGAAAAAACAAAAAAAUAUUUUGCGGAUAGGAAUUCAGAGUCUGGGUUCCAUGUUGUGGGACGAUGACAUUUGUUGCACUGAAAAUCCUGAAAAUGCCCACAGCAUUACAAAAUUUCUCUAUGUUCUCCGCGGCCUCCUCAGAAAGUCUUUGUCCGCCUGCAUCAUCACGGUACCUGCUCACCUUAUCCAGAAUAAAGCAAUUAUGGAACGUGUAACAAACUUGUCAGAUGUGGUAGUCGGUCUUGAAUCAUUUAUUGGCUCCGAGAGAGAAACCAAUCCAUUAUACAAGGAUUACCAUGGUUUGAUUCACGUUCGUCAGAUUCCUCGCCUUAAUUGCUUGAUCUGUGAUGUGUCAGACACGAAGGACCUUGCUUUUAGAUUAAAAAGGAAGCAGUUCACCAUUGAGAUGAGAGAUGCUCCAGUGCUAGCUGGCAGCUUUCUUCAAGUCCCUCUGCAGCAAGAAGCAAGAUUUCUCCUCAAGAGUGGAAGGACAGCCCUUCGUGAUCUCAGAUGA